AUGAUGCAAUUUAUGUUAUUAUUUAGCCGUCAGGGCAAACUUCGGCUUCAAAAAUGGUAUGUUGCCCAUCCUGAUAAAGUAAAGAAGAAGAUUACCCGAGAACUUGUUACACUAGUAUUGGCAAGGAAACCUAAGAUGUGCAGUUUCUUAGAAUGGAAAGAUUUAAAAAUUGUAUACAAAAGAUAUGCCAGUUUAUACUUCUGUUGUGCAAUUGAACCAGCAGAUAACGAACUGCUUACUCUUGAAAUUAUACAUAGAUAUGUGGAACUGCUUGAUAAAUACUUUGGAAGUGUUUGUGAACUUGACAUCAUUUUUAACUUUGAAAAAGCUUACUUCAUGUUAGAUGAACUAAUGCUUGGUGGGGAGGUGCAAGAAACUAGCAAAAAGAAUGUUUUAAAAGCCAUUGCAGCACAGGACUUAUUACAGGAGGAAUCCGAAGAGCCAAAAGGUAUUCUUGAAGAGAUUGGGAUUUCCUUUCCCAGCUAA